GACCAUUUUUUGAGUUUUUUUAGAGAACCCGUAAAAAGAAGUUGAGGAAGUUCAAAUCUAAAAAAUUCCGAUCUUGUAAUGGUUAUCUGGAAAGUGAAGUGAAAAGAUUGGAAUAUAGAAUAUCGGGCCAGGAUAUUUGGAAUUGUGGCGUUUUAAUUAAUACUUUUUUCAGUCUUAUUCGUGCGUGUGCUCCAGAUAUUUUAUGAUUUCCUGAUUGAAAUCAUAGGAGGUAAACUGAAAAUUGCCGCAAGAUCAAACGCAGACAAUGGAGCGAACCCGAGUAUGAAAGUCAGAAUCUUUUGAUGAAGAGCGUAUGUGAUUCCGGUGGAGAGGGAUUGAGAUUGGAGGGUUUGAAUAAAUCCUGAGAAGAUGAAUGCGGUGGGGAGGAUAGGCAGCUAUAUUACUAAAAGCGUAUACACUGUCUCUACACCCUUCCACCCGUUCGGCGGUGCUGUAGAUAUAAUUGUGGUGGAGCAACCAGAUGGGAGUUUCAAAUCCUCUCCUUGGUAUGUCCGUUUUGGGAAAUUUCAGGGGGUUCUGAAGGCGAAAGAGAAGCUGGUUAAAAUCUGUGUCAAUGGUGUGGAAAUGGGUUUCCAUAUGUAUCUUGAAAAUGAUGGGCAAGCCUGUUUUCUGAGGGAGGUGGAUGGAGAUGAGGCAUCUUGUGGAGGUGGUGGUGAUGAUGACACAACAAAUGUACUGUCCAAUAAUAAUACUAGGUUGUCUGUGAAGUCCAAAAGCUGUGAUUUUGUUGGUAUGGAAUCGAUUUCAGCUGCCAAGAUUGGUAUGGGGGAUGGUAAUGUAGUGGUUAGGGAAAAGCCACACCGGUCUGGGAUUUUGGGAUAUGUUUUCGGAAGGAAAGCAACAAAAGAAGGCGGAGACGAAAAGGGUAGUGAUGCAAGAAAUGAUGACAAAUCUUUGGAGCAUUCUGCGGAGAUUGCUUCUGAUCUUUUGGAGGUAAAAUGGUCUACCAAUCUAGACUCCCCCAAAUUCCUUAAAGAUAGUAAUAAUAAUGCACCAGAGGAAAGUAGUGAUUUGAAAGGUGACUCGAAAAAUGAAGAUGGUGAUGAUAAGAGUGCUUCCAUUGGUGAUAAAAGUGCAGAUAGUUCACUCUCUAGCCCGCAGUGUAUUGGGGACAUAAAUUCUAAUAUUAAUUUAAUGUCAUGCACAUGCUCCCAUGAUCAAGAGAACCCUGAAGCUGAAGUGAGUUCAAUUGUUGAAGUAGAAUCUCAGACCGUCCUUUGCAUUUCAAGUAUCAGUAGUGCAACAUGCAAAGCACAUAGUACAAAAGAUGGCAAAAGUAGCCCAUGUCAGAGUCCACCUGAAGCUAAUCCUGUUUUUUCCUUCGAAAGUUCUGUUACAUCAGUGAGCUCAUCAGAGGAAGAGGAUCAGCUCCUCUUUGGUGACCUUGAUGAUGGAAGUACCAACAAGGAGAAGACAAACAGCUUGCAUGAUCCUGAAGAAGUGGUUGAGUCUCAUGUUCCACUCUAUGACAUUAGUUCUUCUUCAAACAAAUAUGAUGAAGACAAUAAACCAUUUGUUUCUUAUAGAAGCAGCAAGUUGACGAGCGCCGUUAGCAAUGCUGACAUUCCUGUAAAGCAUGAUAAGGCUCAACGAAUGGCCAUAUCUUUACCCAAUAUGUGGCCUCAUCAUGAUAACCAAUUUUCCAGCCAAGUUUCUUGUGAGAUAUUAUCACAACACAUCAUUGAAGAUCCUUCAAUUUGUCAAGAACUGAAUGAUAGGCUGACUGUUCCAGUAACUGAUGAAACUACUUUCGGGGGAAAUUUGUCUCUACCAAUUGAUAGCUGUGGUGAAAGCGAGGUGAUGGAUCUGCCACAGCCUUCUAUGGAUGACGACAAUGUAAAAACUGGUGCUGGAAGUCUUACCAAAGGUACAGGUGGCAUAAGCACAGAAGAGGAUUUGAUUAAGGUCACUAAGAAGAUAAAAAGGGCAUUCACUCCAACAUCCGAACAGAUCGCCUCUUUGAACCUUAAGGAGGGGAAAAAUGAAGUUAUCUUCACAUUCUCAACUCCAAUGCUUGGGGAGCAGAAGGUGGAUGCUCAGAUUUAUCUGUGGAAAUGGGACAUGCGUAUUGUGAUAUCUGAUGUUGAUGGGACGAUAACAAGAUCUGAUGUUCUGGGACAAUUCAUGCCUUUGGUUGGGGUAGAUUGGUCGCAGACAGGCGUUGUACAUCUCUUUUCCGCUAUUAAGGAAAAUGGAUAUCAGAUGCUCUUCUUAAGUGCCCGUUCUAUUUCUCAGGCCUAUAUUACUAGACAAUUUCUAGUUAAUCUCAUGCAAGACGGAAAGGGAAUGCCAGAAGGUCCAGUUAUUAUAUCACCUGAUGGACUUUUCCCUUCUUUAUUUCGUGAAGGUCACUUGGCAAUUUCCUUCCAUUAAUGCCUUAGGUGGUUCGAAGAGCGCCACACGAAUUUAAAAUAGCAUGCCUGGAGGAUAUUAAGGCACUGUUUCCUUCUGAUAGGAACCCCUUUUAUGCUGGUUUUGGGAACAGAGAUACUGAUGAGAUUAGCUACCUUAAAGUUGGAAUACCUAAGGGAAAAAUUUUCAUCAUAAACCCAAAGGGAGAAAUUGUUGUGAAUAGACAUAUCACCAACACAAAGUCAUACACUUCCCUUCACGUUCUUGUAAACGGCAUGUUUCCAGACUUUUCCUCGUCCGAGCAGGAGGAUUUCAAUUCAUGGAACUUUUGGAAACUUCCACCUACAUAAUACCCCAGUGUGGGAGCUGCUAGAGGAAUCUCAGCAUUCUUUGAUGUGGUUGAAGAUUCCUAGAAACAUCCAGACUGUACGGAUGACGUUGAAAGCUGGCCGUGCAGGAGGCUACGGAGCAAUAGAUCAUAUUGCCAGCCAUUGGUUACAGUUGAUAUGCAUGCAGCAGAAGGUAGUAAUGUUCAUCAAAUAAGUCCCACUAAACCAGUGGCAUCAACUUUUGCUCAACCUCAUCAAUCAUCAUAGUCCAUAGAUAGAUGGCGCUAUUUGCUAUGCUUGUAUAGGGCUCGUCCACAUAUUUUGUAUAUUUAUAGGUAUUUGAUAUAUUGAACAAUGAAUGAUAGUAAUUGAUCAAUAUCCUUUCAUUGGUAAUAAUACAUUUUAUAUUAGGAAAAUGUAAUAAUGAUAUAUAGUGAAUAUCUUGUGCAUCUCCAACAGUAACUAGUGAACGUUUUUUUGUCAAAAUGUUUUGUG